GGAGUCACAGUGGACGAUCAGCUGACAUGGAAAUUACACGUUACUGCCACAGUGAGAUCGGCAACCUACAGACUCUACAUGCUGCGCAGACUGAAGUCACUGGGCACACCAGCUGAUGAGUUAAAGGGGAUAUACAUCACCUUCAUCCUGCCUAAACUUAUGUAUGCCUCACCUGUGUGGUCUUCCUCCCUCACCUACACUCAACAGCAACAACUGGAAGAUGUCCAAAAAAGGGCCUACAGAAUCAUACUUGGCCCUGCCUACACUGACUAUGAUCACUCCCUCUCUACCCUCGAUCUCCCCACACUGGUAACCAGACACCAAGCGGCCCUCGUCAAGAUGGGUAGAGGCCUGCUGUGCCACUCACGGCUACGGCAUCUCCUCCCUCGUGACGCGCCCCAGCCAAUCCAUGCCACAUGACACACAAACGUGG